AUGAGCUCCUUUGACGCUCCUCAAGCGCCAAAUUUCAAACAAUUUCUCUACAAAAGUGAAUUGGAUUUUUGGAUAUACGGUCUUAUUGGGCAAAUUAACAGCUGCGGCCGGAGUUUUUGGAACAACUAUAUCUAUAAGCCAAUUGUUGGCCAUACUGCCCUUCAGCUUGGUUAUGGUAUCAGGUUUGAGAGGGCCCUUGAUGAACUACUCAAGGCUUACAUUUUAAAAACCACGCCUGCAGCUAACCUGGCUGCAGCUGAACAGGCCCGGUGGGACACGUCGCCCGAGUUUCUAAAAACUCCACCUAUGGAUUCGGCGUCUGUGCGGGAAGAAGCCAUGGGGGUCCUAUUUGAACCAGGAAAAAGAAUGGCCCGUAUAGAUCCCGAAAUCCUAGAGCCCGCCGACCUGGGGCGAGUGCUCUCAUUUUACCAACGUCUUAAUCAUAUUGGUUUGCGCAUAUCCCCAAGCCCUGAGCUUAACAUUGUAUUUGCGAUGACGCAAGCUAUCUCAGUAGGAGUUCCAGGUCCUAGUUAUUUCUCCGGGCUCACCAGCAGUGAAAUUGAAACCAAAAUACAAGCUACUGUUACUGAAGCUUCCAAGUGGGCCUCUGUAGUGGAGCAAUAUUUCUUUAACAACCCGGAUGGCACCUUUCACCGUGACCUUAUCUUAGCAGUACUGAAUAACAACAAGGUUUCAGCAGCUGCUCGCGAAGAUCCUCAGAGUCAUCUCUGGGGAUUACCAACAACUUCAGCAGCCUUCGUAAAAGGUCGAAGAAUUAUUGACGGUUCAACAAAAGUGGUGCCAAAGCAGGAACCCAAGCAAGAACCCAAGCAGGAAUCCAAGCAGGAAACCUCGAAGAAAGCUGGCCACUCUGAUACCAAGCAAGGAAAAGGGAAGCAGUGGUCCAAGGGGUCCGGUGGCAACAAGAGGCGCAACAAUGAAGACAAGCAAGCUAGAAAGUCGAACUCUGAUGGUCAAAACAGAGUUGCUGCCUUGAAAGCUACCGAAUAUCUUGAGGUGGCUCGCGACGAUGUUGAAACUCUUUGCUCGGUUGCUCGGGCUAUCCAAGACGUAUUUGAUAAUGACGGCGGAAGCAGUGAUUAUUCGCCAGUUGCUUUUCUUCCACCUGCCAACCAAAUCGCCUCUGUGGGUGAAACAAAUCUUCCAAAUGUUCUUGAUUCUGGAAAUGCUACUGGUCAUCUUAUCUCAGACAACAGUUACUUUGUGUCGUAUGAGAAAUACAGCAGCCCCAAAACCAUCAGCUCUUAUGGUGGUUCCGACAUCGUGUUAGAAGGGGAAGGUAAAAUUGCUGUUGUAUUAAAAGGUGACGGUGGCACCAAUAUUUGCCAUAUUGCUGACGCACUUUAUUUUCCUGCUGGGUCUAGCAAUUUGUUUUCUGAUUCUGUCUGGCGCACGCACGAUGUUUCUUUUCAUACGGUCCCAAGUGGGGACUGUCUGGCCUAUUUUGGUGAGGAAAAGGUUGGUAGGGUUGGUGGUGCCAGAGAUGCCAAGUCUCACAUUUGUGCCAACAUUGUUCCGGUAAAGUUUACUAGGAAUAUCGUACCUCCAACUGGCUCCUUCAAGUUCUCAGGAAAUUCAAUUGACUGGGAUCAGAUUUGCAGACAAGGACCAGAAGCUAUGAGGAAGGUUGAUAAAUCAGCUCUCGCUGUUGGAAAGGGACUUCCUGUCCUCUCACCGUCUCUCAAAUUUAUUGCAAAGGAGGCCGUGUUGAAUUCGCAGGCACUUGACUGUCAUGUUCGGUUUGCUCAUUGCUCUUUGACUUCGGUGAAGCAUUUAGCCAAGCUUGCUGAUCCUCCCUUUGAGGUGACCAAGCGUGACGAAGAGUUGAUCAAGGACUGUGUCAUAUGUGGCACGUCAAGAAGCAUUAAGCGGUUCACUUCUCCGGAUAAGCAUAUAGCUUCUGAAUCCACGGCUCCGUUAGCCCAGAUUCAUGCUGAUCUCGUCGGUCCCAUAGGUCCUGCCUCUUCAGGGGCCAGGUACAUGCUGAAUAUCAUUGAUGCAUUUUCUGGUUACAUCUAUGCUUUUGCUCUGGAAUCUAAGGAUGAAGCUCCUGGGAAACUUAUCCAGUUCUUUAAGCAGUUUGUGCCCAAAGCUGCUCGCCGUGCUGCUGACGGCAAGGCCACCAAGCUUAUUACUGACAAUGGUGGUGAAUUUAUCUCUGGCACACUUGGAAAAUUUUUAGCAGACUGGGGCGUCAUUCAUAUUUUAACUGCUCCUGAUGAACACCAACAAAAUGGGAAAAUUGAGCGUGCCCACCGCACACUGCGUGAGAUAUCUACUAGAGCCUUGAUGCAGUCGACACUCUGGGCCAAUAUCUACUGGGACUCUGCCUGGCUCUACGCUGUGCAGGUAUAUAAUUUCUCCAUAGUUAAUAAAGCCGGUAUCUCACCUUAUGAAGCCUUUACGGGCAGAAAACCACCUAUAGCACUAGUGCACACAUUUGGCUGCCUAGUUUUUGUCAUUAAAUCUGAGUCUCAGAAACUCAAAGGGACCCUUCAGCCUCGGGGCGAGCCUGCUCUGUAUUUGGGUCCCGACCCGUUAAAUCCUAAGAAUUUUCUAUGCAUUACGAGGAACAAGCGCAUUCGGCGCUGUGUACACGGCAACUUUCGUGACCAUGUCUUGCCUGGCGUUAAGGGCGAAAAGCCAAUUUACGAGGGUGACAUUCUCAUUGACUACAGUAAGAUUGGAAAUCGUGACCCUGACUACAGUGACUCUUCCACUGAUGAAUCAGAAAGUGAAGAUGAAUCUGACUCUGACGACUACUCUCCCACUUCACUCUCUGGUGGUGGUGGUGGUGGUAACUUUGGCUGGACUUAUGUGGGCUCUGAGGAAAGGAGCCACAGAUCCAGCAGAUUGGAGGACCAGGAUUCUACUUCUACACCACCGACACCUAUAACUGAAAACUCUUUUCAACCGUUGGAAGAUGAUGAUGUGGAGCUGGUUGCAGAUGAAUCAAUUAGUGUUGGUGACGACAAAGAUACACUUCAGUCUGAGGACCAUAUAUUGCUCGAAGAUUCUGCUGUUGAUGAUGCUGAUUUGAGAUCGGUGAACUCCAACGUAGCUGGUCGCCCUGGUUCCGAAGAUACUAACGAAGAUUUUUCUCACGAAAAUUCAUUUUCUGAACAUAUGGUAAAGCUCCAGAAAGCCUUUGCUCCAGGAACUCAGUCGCCCUCAGUGGUGGCUCAUCAAACAAGUCCGGUGACUCUUCCCAAACAACUACACAUUUUGGAUGAGGAUGACAGUGUGGAUCUUGCGCUGUCUGGAACUGCUGAACUUACCCGCGAGGCUUCAGCUGUUGAAACCGCUAGCCAAUCUGGUGAUGACAAUCAGGAUGCGGUUGACUCAGAAACCAAUGAUGAAGACAUGGAUGGGUCUGUGGAACAUAUACUGGGUUUCGACGAAUUGGAAGACUCAUCAGAUUCUGAAUUUUCGUCUAGCGACGUUGUCAUGGAUUCCUCUACUAAGUUGGAGGAAGCUCCUGCGAGAGAUGUCGGGGUGCCGCAAGAUUUAGGUGACACUCAAGGUACUGCUACAAGCACAAAUAAUCCUGCCAGCAAUCAACUGGUUUUGGCGGCGGCGGAACUUGUACGGGCCACCACCGAGCUAGUAGAAACUACGACGUCUGCAAAUCGGUCUGCCAGAAUGGCUGAGGCGGGCGGUAGUAGGAAGAGGCAUCUAAAUUUAGCGAGAUUAAAAUCUGCGCUGGAACGUGCUGGUCAGCCAGAAAAUCGUCGUUUACAUGCCGGUAGGCGGAGCCAAGUGGCUGGCUCCUCAGGUAUACGGCAGGAGCUACCGGAGCUACCCCCAGCGCCCUCCUCUGAGAGGCUGUUGCUGGGAGCUGGUGGUUCUGAUACUGUUACUACUGCUGCAUCUGGAAGUGGCAGUGAACUGAGAGACACUGCUGAGAAUGAUCGCCCACGCUUACCGCCUGCACCAUCUACUCAGAGGCUCCUGCUAGAGUAUGGGCGAGCAGGGGAUGCUACAAGCUUUGGGGACAAUACAAGCGACGUGCGGCACAGCUCCGUGCAACAAAAUCGACAUAUGCCACUUCCGGCUCCACCUUCGAGACGGUUGUUGUUGGCAGCUCCUCCUCCGUCUUCUUCUGAACAUGAUUCGCAAACUGCUGGGCAAGUAGUUGUUCGACAAACAAGCCAACACUCAGCUCCGGCAGAAGCCCAACAGCCUCUUGCUAAUACUGGAAGAAUUACUAGGUCUGCUGCGGGUACUGCGGGUGCUGCGGGUGCUGCGGGUGCUGCGAGAGUGCCUGCUCCGUCGUCCAGACACCCUGAUUUGAUUGAGCAAAAUGGCUAUUAUGUUCCUAACAGUGCACUUCAGCGGCUGGCGCGAAAAGAAAAUUCUUCAUUAAUUCUAAAUCGCACAAAUCUAAUUACCCGGCCUACUGAUAACCUUCCACUAAAAGUAGUCUCAGAAAAUUCGACUUCAAACUCCUCACCAAGAUUGGAAAAUGAAGCCUCAAAUGGUUCUCCCACAACACCCUCUACCUCUGCUUCUUUGUCCUCGGAAUCAUCUGCACAUUCGGAGCCAGUGGUUACAUCACCAACCUCCUCUGCUGUGACGUCUCCCACAUUAGAAAGUUCUUCUUCUCGUCGUGAUCACCAAACCACUCCUCCCUCGUCAUCGAAUCGCAUGCUGUCGAUAGCACAACGCAAUAUCUUACGCAGUGCAGCUGAGGCCAUCUCAAGAAUCGACUUAGGAGCUUUAAGAAAUCUGCGAAAAAGAAAUCGCUCUACAAGCCCAACCACUACAGCAUCGGGCUUACUUUGGGGCUCUCGCUCUUCCGACCGGCACAGUGACAAACUGAAACUCUCGAACUCUGAGUCAGCUUUGGACUCGGAAUCUAGGUCACUGCUGCAUGGCUUGCCACCUCGUGAGCGUUCAAUACUGAGAGCCUCACACGGCCACCUCCGGGGUACACCGGAUCUUAGAUUCAACCCCACUCCCGAUGCGGUUCCCUUUCUUUCUCACACUCACUCGGCAACACACAAUGUCCCUGCUACGUCAGCAUCAGUAGAUGAGGACUCAGUCGUUAGCACUGACUCGCAGUCCCACUCUCCCGCCUCCACAACCGAAGCUGAUGUUGAGGCUACAAGCGAUGAAAUCUUAACCGCAGCACCCUACAAUUCUGACUCUCAGGGCUCAUCAGAACACUUAGCUGACGGCAUUGACUUCUUACAUGAAACUUUUGUUUCUUCGCCUGCUGAUGAUGAAAUUAUUUUUGUUGAUGAAUCGGCAAGCCCAUCAGGAGAUCCGUCUGCCGGGGCUGUCGACGAUGUCAUUGGCAUUGGCUGCAUCUACUCGAACUCUGAAGAACCAACUGUGAAAGCCCGCAUGGCGUCUGGAAGACUUGACACACUCAGCGCUAUUAACAUUAAGCUUCCAAUCUUGAGGAAUGACAUCAAAGUGUUAGAAUCUAGCAAACCAGGUCUCUGCUUUACGGCUCCUGAUGUGGAGAAUGUUAGAGCUCUUAUCAGCGACAGAGAUUGGGCAGAUCUUAAGGACCGUCCUGCCUUCAUUCGAUUUCCGAAUGUGGGAGUGGCGCUGCUCGACCCUGGCAAGAAGCUAAAAAGGGACCCACGGUCACUUGCGGAAGCCAACAACAGAGAAGAUAAGCGCUUCUGGUUCGAUGCGGCCUAUUCGGAAUUUGCUGCCAUUGAUGGCAAUCAUGUAUACCAAGUUGUGCCCCUCCCGGCGGGUCGCAAAGCUCUUGGCACCAAAUGGGUGCUGAAGAAGAAACUCAACACGGAUGGUUCAAUUGACAAGUACAAGGCUCGUCUUGUUGUUCAGGGGUUUCGUCAGAAGUUUGGUGUUGACUAUGUUGACACCUUUGCACCGGUAAUGAGAUUCAGCACUGUUCGUCUCAUUUUCGCCCUGAGUGCGGCGAAGAACUGCGAAAUGCACCACGUCGAUGUUAAAAAUGCUUUCUUGAAUGGAGAUCUAGAAGAAGACAUCUAUGUCAAGCCACCAACAGGAAUUGACCAUAAUACCCCUCCUGGCAUGGUCUGGAAGCUGAAUAAAAGCUUAUAUGGACUGAAGCAAGCCCCUCUGUGUUGGAACAAGAAGCUUGUUGACAAGUUGGAAGCUCUAGGUUACAAAGCUGCCAAGAAAGAACCCUGUCUCUUUUACAAGAUUAAUGGCAAAGACUUCAGUAUUAUAGGUCUUUAUGUUGACGACAUCUUAACGGCGUCAAACGUACCGGGAGAAUUCGAGCGGUUUUUCAAGGGCCUAUCUGGUUACUUUGCCAUCAAAGAUGAAGGUGGUGUUAACAAAUUCUUGGGAAUCAGAGUCCAAGACUCCGACAGGACGAUAUCUCUGGAUCUGGAACACUAUAUUGCUGACAUGAUUGAGGUUUUCAAAUUGGGUGAUCAAACAGCUAAGUCGAUACCGUUGCCCAAGAAACAUGGCCUUGAUUUCCCACAGGGCCUCGAUGCUCGUCCAGCUAACCAAUCGCUAUAUCGCAGCAUUCUUGGCAAGCUACAGUUUGCUGCUCAGACGGCUCGUCCAGACAUUGCCUAUGCUACAGGCAAGCUUGCUCAGUAUUCGAGUGACCCUAGAGCCAUUCAUAUGGAUAGAGCUUAUCAUGUUCUGAGCUACCUCAAAGGCACCAAGGACCUGGCAAUUGUCUAUCACAAAAUGUACCAGGCGCCCUCUCCGCGGCUUCUGAGAGGCUGGUCAGAUGCCGAUUGGGCAAACGAUCCUGACAGGAAGUCUAUCUCAGGCUUUGCAUUCUCUCACGGUCCUUCAACCUUCUCUUGGAAGUCGGCCAAACAGAAGCUGACAGCAACUUCCACAACCGAGGCUGAGCUGAUUGCCGCUUUUUCUGCCACGUGUGAGGCAGUUUACUUCCGAGAUCUUUUGGAAGAACUUGGUGAAUCUCAACCAACGACUGUCAUCAUGGAGGACAACAAAGGUGUCCUGGAUCUCAUGAAGGACAGCAAACAUCACGAGCGGACUAAACAUAUUGAUACCAAGUACAUGCGCACCAGAGACCAUGUCAAAGCCGGCGAUACCCGUCUUGAAGCUGUUGCUUCAGCAGAUAAUGUGGCAGACAUUUUACCAAAGCUCUGGCUAAGCCGCAGUUUUAUAUUUGAGGAAUCUUCUGGGUAUGAGUACCCGUCCUCAAGUUGA